CCAAAAGAAGAAUGGAGGACACAUCUCUCCUGCUCUUGAUGACCUCCCUGUUCUGCUGCUCACCAAACUCAGCUCGUCUGACGGUGACUCCCAGCAGCUCUCUGACGGUGACUCCCAGCAGCUCUCUGACGGUGACUCCCAGCAGCUCUCUGACGGUGACUCCCAGCAGCUCUCAGGUAUUUAAAGGAGAGUCUGUCUCUCUGAGAUGUGAGGACGGCUCUGAUGGAUGGACUGUGAGGAGAAACACGAUAUGGAACAGAGCUGAGUGUGGAGGUGAAUGGGGAAGAUCUGCUGGUUCCUCCUGUAACAUCAGCUAUGACCCAAAGGACAGUGGAGUUUACUGGUGUGAGUCCAGAGAGGGAUCCACCAGUAACACCAUCACCAUCACCGUCUCUGGUGGACCAGUGAUCCUGCAGAGUCCCCCCCUCCCUGUGAUGGAGGGAGAUGAGGUCACUCUGAUCUGUAGAACAAAGAUGGCCGCCCCCCCCCUCUCUGCUGAUUUCUACAAAGAUGGCGUCUCCCUCAGGAAUGAGUCUGCAGGUCACAUGACCCUCCACCAUGUCUCCAGGUCUGAUGAAGGCCUCUACAAGUGUAGAGUCCAGAAUAAAGGAGAGUCUCCAGAGAGCCGGCUGUCUGUCUCAGAGAAACCCAUCACCUCUACAAGUCCUCCUCCUCCACCUUCCUCCUGGAGGCCGCCUGUUGCUGGAUCCCUCUCUGUACUGGUUCUGCUGGUUGUAGUGGUUGUUCUGGUUGUUCUGUUGCGACGAAACAUCCGGAGACCACCUGAAGCUUCUGAAGUGGAAACGGGAGAAGACGUCACAUACAGCGAUGUCAAAAUAUUACAAAACUGGAAGAAGCCAACUCAACGGAGCCGAGGGAGCGGUGCAGCUGCAGUUUACUCUGAAGUGAAGAGAGACGUCUGCUACAGAGAGAUCGUGAUCAACACAAACAGGAGGAGAGCCGCUGAGGUGGAAAUGGGAGGAGACGUCACAUACAGCGAUGUGAAAACACCCCAAAAGAAGAAGAAGCCAAUCAAACAGAGCCGAGGGAGCGGUGCAGCUGCAGUUUACUCUGAAGUGAAGAGAGACGUCUGCUACAGAGAGAUCGUGAUCAACACAAACAGGAGGAGAGCCGCUGAGGUGGAAAUGGGAGGAGACGUCACAUACAGCGAUGUGAAAACACCCCAAAAGAAGAAGAAGCCAAUCAAACAGAGCCGAGGGAGCGGUGCAGCUGCAGUUUACUCUGAAGUGAAGAGAGACGUCUGCUACAGAGAGAUCGUGAUCAACACAAACAGGAGGAGAGCAGAGAUCGCCCCCGACCCGGAGCUCCUGUACUCCUCUGUGAGCAGCUCGCCUGACGGUGACUCCGAGCAGCUCUCUGACGGUGACUCCCAGCAGCUCUCUGACGGUGACUCCCAGCAGCUCUCAGGUAUUUAAAGGAGAGUCUGUCUCUCUGAGAUGUGAGGACGGCUCUGAUGGAUGGACUGUGAGGAGAAACACGAGCUAUGAGAACAGAGCUGAGUGUGAAGGUGAAUGGGGAAGAUCUGCUGGUUCCUCCUGUAACAUCAGCUUCAUUGACCCAAAGGACAGUGGAGUUUACUGGUGUGAGUCCAGAGAGGGAUCCACCAGUAACACCAUCACCAUCACCGUCUCUGGUGGACCAGUGAUCCUGCAGAGUCCCCCCCUCCCUGUGAUGGAGGGAGAUGACGUCACUCUGAUCUGUAGAACAAAGAUGGCCGCCUCCCCCCUCCCUGCUGAUUUCUACAAAGAUGGCGUCUCCCUCAGGACUGAGUCUGCAGGUCACAUGACCCUCCACCAUGUCUCCAGGUCUGAUGAAGGCCUCUACAAGUGUAGAGUCCAGAAUAAAGGAGAGUCUCCAGAGAGCCGGCUGUCUGUCUCAGGUGAGGAGGUCUCCUUUCAUUUCAGGACUCGUUCCUCCAGAUGUUCACCUGACCAGGUGUGAUUCUCCCUGCAGAAAGACCAACAACCACCAGUUCCCCAACUACUGCAUCCUCCCUCCACCUUGAGUUCAGGGUGGUCAGCCACAUGGUGGUCUUCUGCCCGUACUGCAUCUGCACCUUGAUCAUGGUGUCUUUGUAUCGACAGAAGGCCACAGGUAAGAAACGUCCUGUGUUCGAAUCAAACAGGUUUAACUGAAUGAGACAUCGGUCCUUUCAAAGCUACAUUAUUUAAAUCUGACGUGAAGUGCCUCUGCAUCAUCGCCCCCUUUACUCCGGAUUGAGCCAGAAAUCCACGAAACUUUAUCACCGGGUCAGGAAGUUCUGGUGUUGAAAUCCUUCAUAGAUUGUCUUUCUGACUGCAGGAAACGACUCAUCCGUCUCCGUGGUGAUGACCUCGCCCACUCACGCAGAGCAGGGAUUGGACGAUCACUAUGAUGAUGUCAUGUCUGCAGUAACCACAGAGCAUCAGUUCUGACCUGGUCCACAUCUUCUAGUUCCUGUAGGGGUGCUGUAAUUACACACUCGCACUCCAUCAUCGCAUUAGAUUGUUUUUCUAGCUGAACGGAUAAUUAUGUUACUGAAAUAAAGUAUAUCUAAUAUAAAUGACUUUCUACAAAUGUUUCCAAUAAAAAUCUGCAAAAACCAA